AUGCACUCCGACGCUGUCCCCUUCUCUCGCCCAGCGACCCCUGGUAUUCAGUCUCUUCAGAUCGGGUGGUAUGGCCUCGGCGCAAUGGGAUACUUCAUGGCCCGCAAUCUUGCAAACUCGCGCAAGUCACAAGCAUCAUCAUCUCCCGUCAUUGUCUACAACAGAUCAUCAGCCAAAUCUGAGAAACUCGCAAAAGAACUUGGAUCGGCCGUCAAGAUCGCACAGAGCCCCGCCCAACUCGCAACAGAGUGUGAUGUCGUGUUCACCAACCUUGCAAGUGACGGUGUAGUCAAGGCCGUCUAUGAAGAUUUUGCCAAGGCUCUCGCUCAAUCACCUCCAACAAGAGCAAAGAUUUUUGUAGACACAAGCACUGUUUACCCGACGUUAUCAGGCGAAGUUGAUAAACUGAUUUCUAGUUUUCCUCACUGUCAUUUUGUGACUUGCCCGGUCUUCGGCCCUCCUCCGGGAGCUGAUAAGGCUACGCUGGUUCUCGCCAUGAGUGGCGAUUAUCGCUCCAAGAAAGAAAUUGCUUACUUACUCGUCCCUGCGGUCGGCCGUAAAAUCAUGGACCUCGGUGGAAACAUUGAGAAAGCACCGACUUUGAAACUGAUCGGUAACUCACUAAUUCUGGGUGCCAACGAGCUCCUCUCAGAGACAUUCACACUCGGAGAGAAGUCGGGAAUCGGAGCUCAGACAGUUCAAAACCUCGUCAAAGGUUGCUACUUUUGUUCAUUCACAGGCUAUAGUUUGUGGCUGAUAUUCUCCACCGUAUAG